UACCUCAAAUAUUUACGGCGACACAAUGUUUGUCGUUCCAAAAUUUACUGCAGACGAUUUUAAUCGCUGCAAACGUUCACACGGCAGAAAAAAUUCAACCGUUAGUCCAACCACAAGUCUAACCCGCACUAAAAAGCGACGUCACCGUAAAUCUGGCGGAUUCCGAAGUAAAAAAGCCAAAAUUAUGGUAAAAGUGACGGUCCGACAACAUAGCAAUAAUUCCACGGAUCCUCCAUCCGGUGGCGAAAACCAUGUGGAAAUUCACCUGCGUAAGAGCAGUAUCAAAUUGGGCUAUUUACAGCCCAUCCUUCUCAUCGAUUUGAAAAACACGGCGCCCUCGCCCUCAUUGAUAAGCGUGGACGAGACUAAUCGGAAACAGGUCAAUAUUUUGGUGGACAUCACAACCUGGGCGAUCGAGUUUCCCAGCGAACCGGAAGCAGCACAGUUUGUUACAGAUGUUAAAGCCAGGCUUCGUAAAAUCCCCAGCCCCACUCCAUCCCUCUCGUCAUCAGAUGAUAAUCAAGAUAUGGCGUCAUCUUCAGAAAGUGGAGCUGGAAGUUCGGAAUAUGAUAGUGGAGAAGAAGACAGUGCUGACCCAUCCGCAUAAAGUUUUUAGAAAGUUAACUAUG